AUGGUUGUUCUCUCAGAACAUUCAGAAGGAUCUUCAUCUUCUUCAUCAACUCAUAAAGGUCAUAGAUAUGACGUAUUUUUAAGUUUCAGAGGUGUUGAUAAUCGUCAUUUUACCACUUACCUUUAUAAGGCACUCAUGGAUGCCAAAAUCACUACCUUCUUGGAUGAUGAAGAGAUUGAAAUAGGGGAAGAUCUGAAACCGGAAUUGGAGAGUGCUAUUAAAGUAUCUAGGGCUUCUAUUAUCAUGUUGUCUAAAAGUUAUGCUACUUCCACCAGGUGCCUUGAUGAAUUGGUGUUGAUCCUUGAGCAACGAAUGAAAUCCAAUCAUGUUGUAGUCCCCGUCUUUUAUCAUGUGGAGCCCACCCAUGCCAGGAAGCAAAAAAGUAGCUUUGGAGAUGCAAUGGCUAAACAUAGACAGAGGAUGGAGGCAGAGACAGAUGCAAAUAAAAGAAGUAAAUUGGCUCAAAAGAUGGAAAAAUGGAAUAGAGCGCUUGUAGAAGUUGCUGGUUUAAAAGGGAAGGAUAUAAAUGGAAGGCAUGAGAUGGAGUUUAUUGACGAAAUUGUUAAGGACAUCCACCGAAGGUUACGCAUAUCCUCAAGGAGUCCUCUCCCACAACUUAUGGGGAUGGUUUAUUCCAUUGAAUUUGUCACUUCAUGGUUGAAGGAUGCAUCCUCACAUACAACAAACAUACUCACUAUUUUAGGUAUUGGUGGUAUUGGGAAGACAUCUUUAGCCAAGUAUAUAUAUGGGUUACAUUGUCAUGAAUUCCAUACAAGCAGCUAUAUUGAAGAUAUUGGUAGGAGAUGUCGUGGAAAAUUUAGUGGGUUGCUUGAUUUACAAAAACAACUUUGUGAUGACAUUUCAAAAACAAGUUCGAUGAAAUUUCAUGAUGUAUCCAUUUACACCUCAAAGAUAGAGAAUUUAGUAGCUCGUAAAAAGGUGUUUCUAGUUCUUGAUGAUAUUGAUAGUCUAGACCAGUUGGAUGCAUUACUUGGUAGUAAAGGCUUUCAUCCAGGAAGCAAAGUUAUAAUAACAACAAAGGAUACAUGGUUGACAGAGAGUUGUGCAUUAUUCAAAACGAACGUUAAACCCAAGCAUACAAAGCACGUGCUUAAAGGCUUAUAUAAGAUUGAAUCCCAAAAACUUUUGUGUUUUCAUGCAUUCAUGUCGAACAAUCCCAAGGAAGGUUAUGAAGAGGUGUCAGAAAACCUUGUGAACUAUUGUGAAGGACAUCCAAUGGCUCUUAAAGUUUUGGGUAGGUCUCUACACAAUCGAGAUGUACCUUAUUGGGAAUGGUACAUAGACAGGCUAAAGAAAGAAAAUGAUUCCCCUAUAAAUAAUGUCUUGAGAAUGAGCUUUGACUCUUUGCCAUCCAAACAUAACAAGGAUAUGUUUAAGCAUAUUGCCUGUUUUUUUGUUGGAGUGGAUAGAGAUGUUACUGAAACAAUAUUACAGGCAUGUGGUUUGGAAACAAGAACCGGUUUCACGAAUCUAAUCGACAGAUGCCUUCUUAGUAUUGGAUGGGAUAACGAGUUGAUGAUGCAUCAGUUGGUUCAAGAUAUAGGAAGAUUCAUAGUAUGUGAAGAAUCACCAGAGAAGCCAUGGAAGCGAAGUCGAUUAUGGUGUCAUGAGGACAUAUUCAAAGUGUUGGAAGAAAAAAAGAGUACAAGAAAUCUUCUAGGCCUUGCCCUAGACAUGCAAAGGCUUGAGAAAGAGAAGUUGUGUGCAUCAUUUGAGCUGAAAACGGAUGCAUUGAGUGACAUGGAUAGUCUGAUGCUACUGCAACUCAAUUAUGUGCAGAUUAAUGGGUCUUACGAGAACUUUCCAGAAGAAUUAAGAUGGCUUUGUAUGCAUGGGUUCCCUUUAAAGUCCAUACCUUCAGACUUACCAGUGGAGAACCUGGUUGCUCUUGACAUGUCAUAUAGCAAUAUUGAAUCAUUUGGCAUUUAUUAUAAUAAUCCACAACGACUUCAUAAGAGGCAAAAGUUGAUUGGAUCAUGCUCAAAAUAUAAAAGGUUGCUUGGGUCAUUGAAGAUUCUUAAUUUAAGUUUCUGUGAACAACUUUGUAGUGUGGGUGGCUUCGAUGAACUCCCUGCACUUGAGAGAUUAAUAGUUAGAAACUGCAUUGGUUUGCUUGAGGUUUGUGAAUCAAUUGACCAAUGUUUUGAACUUGUCUUCGUUGAUUUAAGCUAUUGCAUCAAGCUUGAAAAACUACCAAGAAGCUUAGGCAUGUUAAAGAAAGUUAAAACACUAUUGCUAAACGGUUGUCAUCUUGGUGAAUCUCGAAUAAAGACUAGGGGUAUGAAUUCAUCAGCCUUGCUCAAAGCAAACAACAAUGGCAUAAACACAAAAACCUCUUCAUCAGCCAUUAUAAAGGCCAUACCAAGUGAUUCGAAGCUCUUUUCGCUUUCUUUACCAAAGUCUUUAGUAAAGUUGUCAUUUGAGAAUAAUAACUUGUCCACCGAAUCCUUUCCUAUGGACUUCAGUUGCCUAUCCAUGUUGAAGGAAUUAUGUUUAGAUGACAAUCCUAUCGUUUCCCUGCCCAAAUGUGUGAGAAGCCUUCCUAGGCUUAAGAUACUUAGUAUGAGAGACUGUAAAAAGCUAACAUCAGUCGAGCACCCUCCACAUACACUAACAUAUUUGGACCUUUAUUUUGAUUCUAACAACCCUUUGCCACUUAAAGUUUCAUUUGAUCCAGAAAUGUCCCCAAUCCAUUUCUCCAUAGAUUGGAAGAUAAAUGCACCUUCGUCGUUUGAAUUUGAAGGCAUGGUCAAAAUCCAACCAAUGGCAGGUGUUGAGGAAAAUGUCAUGCGUAGUUUGGGUUGGAAUAAGCUAGACUUACUUAGCAAAAGGCUCUUGGGAUCAGAGGAAUCUGAAAUCCAGAUGUAUUAUGAAUUUGGAAUAUUCAGCACAAUUUAUGGAGGCCAAGAGAUGCCAAAUUGGAUUACAGAUCGAAGCAUGGGUCCAUCAAUAUCAUUUUCCAUCCCAUCAUCUCCGGACAGAUUCAGAGGAUUGAAUUUCUUCAAUGAUUGUACGUUGCAAUUUCGAGAAGACAACUCGUUUUAUUUUCCAAUCAUCAUAAUUAGGAAUAUAACAAAGAAUCUCACCUGGAUAUACACUAAUUAUGUUUACAAAGUGGAUGUAAGUGGAGAUUGUGUGAUAUUUUUAAGCCAUUGGAUGUUUGGGAUGAAUGAGAUGGAAGGUGGUGAUCAUGUUACUAUUACCGUGAGCCAGAAACAUUAUUGUAUUGCUAAUCAAGUUACAAAGGAGUGUGGGGUUAGUUUUGUAUUUAGUGAUGGAGACACAAAUGAAGAAGAAGAAGAAGAUGUGUUGAGUUAUUAUAAGUCAUGGAAUCAUAUAAUUGGUGGAGAUCUCAUUGGAUUUCAAACAACAACAGGAGAAUACAUAUUAAACAACAUGCGAUUUAUGUCACCUGAUCUUGUUGUUUCUUCUUUAUAUCGUCAAUUCGUUGGAGAGGAUGCUAGCUAUAAAGAAGAAGAAGUGAGUUUCAGAGCUUUAUCCCAAAGGAAGUCUGACAUACUUGGAAAUGGCCAAAUCAAAACGUGGGACCAGUCACAGAAAAGUCAAGAGCCCAAACCGAGUCGAACAUUAGAAAAGCUUACUUCUCAAGGCAACAUUCUGUAGAAGAAAGCUUGCACAAUCCAUCCAAUCAUCAAGUUUAUCUCAUACAAUCUACACAGGUGUUGAUAAAUGACGAGAAGGUAUCUGGCUAGGGAAGAUGCUGAACAGCUCAAGACUGCCAAAAACCAAAAAACUCAUCGAUAAAGUUCUAACCCAUGUUACACGGUGUGGGUAGUUUUUGUGAUCUGAUGAAUAUAAGUAAUUAAAUUUAGCUUAAUGCAUGUAGAUUUUUAAUUAGCUAUGUGUAUUUAUGUUUUAGGCCGAAGAUACUUUUAAAUCUAAACCUUAACUUAACUCUAAUAGGGAAUUAAGC